UCCGGCGCGUCGCAUCGCUGAGCGCUGUUCACCACAGAGAGCCAGCACCGCACGACGCAGCGCACAGCUCAGCUCACCUGGAUCUGCCAAAAAUAUUUAGAUUUUUCCCCUGAUCCAGCAAACAAGUGUGGGCCGAGGGGGGAACGCUGACGUCACCAUGCCAGGUGGAGAAUGAGGGGAGGUUUUGGGUCGUGAGGAGCAGGAGCAGGACGAGGAGGAGGACGUGGGGGGGAGUAACGCUGCGGGAGUGUUUGGAGUGGCCUCUCCAUCCCGGCGAACACCUUUCGGGUUCGGAGCGCGCUCGGACGCACUGAUGAUGGUGGUGAUGAUGAUGAUGAUGUGCGGCUGGUCCUGUCCACCGCUGCUGCUGCUGCUGCUGGCUCUGCUCGCCAAUGCGGGAGGCGGCCUCGGGGCAGACACUGAGGAGCGACUGGUGGAGCAUCUCCUAAACCCCGCCCACUACAACAAACUGAUCCGUCCUGCGACGAAUUCCUCCGAGUUGGUGACUGUGCAGCUGAUGGUGUCGCUGGCCCAACUCAUCAGUGUGCACGAAAGAGAGCAGGUGAUGACCACGAAUGUCUGGCUGACACAGGAGUGGCAGGACUAUCGUCUGACUUGGGUGCCCGAGGAGUUUGAUGGGAUGUUGAAGGUCAGGCUGCCCUCAAAACACAUCUGGCUGCCUGACGUUGUACUUUACAACAAUGCCGAUGGGGUGUAUGAGGUGUCGUUCUACUCUAACGCGGUGGUCUCCUACGAUGGCAGCAUCUUCUGGUUGCCCCCAGCGAUCUAUAAGUCUGCGUGUAAGAUCGAGGUCAAGCACUUCCCCUUUGACCAGCAGAACUGCACACUGCGCUUUCGCUCCUGGACCUACGAUCGCACCGAGAUCGAUCUGGUGCUGCGGGCCGAUGUGGCCAGCAUGGACGACUUCACGCCCAGCGGCGAGUGGGACAUCAUCGCCCUGCCGGGCAGACGGAACGAGAACCCGGCCGACCCCACCUACGUGGACAUAACGUAUGACUUCAUCAUCCGCCGGAAGCCUCUUUUUUACACCAUCAACCUCAUCAUCCCGUGUGUCCUCAUCACCUCGCUGGCCAUCCUGGUCUUUUACUUGCCCUCAGACUGUGGAGAGAAGAUGACGCUUUGCAUCUCAGUGCUGCUGGCGCUGACUGUGUUCCUGCUGCUCAUCUCCAAGAUUGUGCCGCCCACUUCACUGGAUGUCCCUCUGGUAGGGAAAUACCUGAUGUUCACUAUGGUCCUGGUCACCUUCUCCAUCGUCACCAGUGUGUGCGUGCUCAACGUGCACCACCGCUCGCCCACCACACACACCAUGCCCCCUUGGGUUAAACUGGUGUUCCUCAACAAGCUUCCUGCCCUGCUCUUUAUGCGCCAGCCAAGGAACAGCUGCGAGCGCCAGCGGCUGCGCCAAAGAAGGAGGGCCCAGGAGCAAAAAGAGGGCGGGCGUAGUGGAGAAGCAGGUGCCUUGAUGGUGGGUCUUGGUCUGGGUAGCGGGAACGGUGGGGCAACCUCCACAGGGGUAUUUGGUAAAGAGGACAAUGAGCCUUGUACCUGCUACGUGAACCGAGCCUCUGUGAAACAGUUUGGAGGGGAUCUGGGAGGUGCAGGAAGUGGGUCCAUGGAUGGUCUAAAUAGGGUGAAGGAGGGCCGGGAAGGGGGCUCUGGAAACCCGCAAAGGGGGCAGCAAGGUCCUGCCCUGACUCAGGCCCUGCUGGCUCAAGCCUGCCCAGGCUUUGAGGAAGCUGUGGAAGGAGUACGCUUCAUUGCCAACCACAUGAAGAGUGAGGACGAUGACCAAAGUGUGAGCGAGGACUGGAAGUACGUCGCCAUGGUGAUCGACCGCCUCUUCCUGUGGAUCUUUGUAUUUGUGUGUGUGUUCGGCACAUUGGGCAUGUUCAUGCAGCCGCUUUUCCAGAAUUACACAGUCAAGACCAUCACCAGCACGCCGGGCUGACCAUCCCCCACCCCCUCCACCCCAGCCCAGCCAUGAACACGCUGACAGACAGCUCCCCCGACCAAUCAGCACAGCAGAUUAAACAAAGGCUAGAGGCGGGGAAGGCGGACAGGUCUGUUUGUGUGUGUGUGUGUGUGUGUGUGUGUGUGUGUGCGUGUGCGCGCGUGUGUGUUUGUGUGUGUGUGUGUGUGUCAACUGAACUUGAACCAGAACUGGAAUCUAACAGCAAUCACUCCCAUUAACCUUUAUAGUAACGUUUUUUGCAACGAACAACAGUUUUUCCUUGUAUGGAGGAAAAAGGAGAACACCGUCGUACUCUGACCUGCAACGCUGUGUCCAGAUGUUUGAUGGACUGACCUCUGCUGUCUGGUGGAAGCAUCUCACUGCUCUCCUCUUCGGCCGGUCAGGGAGCUGCGGAGGACGCAAUGGAUCCCUCAUUGUUAAACCUCGUGCCAGCCAAUUGACAUUUUCUGCCUGCACCUGACUGAUUUAUUGACAAAUUGUUAUAUGACAUUACUUAUUCACAAUAUUGACCCAUGUCAGUGUGGGCUAAUCAGAAAAGGGAAGGAAGGGGUCAUGCCAAGGUUCUCAUACAUCCCUUUUAUUUUAUUUUAUUUUAUUUUUAUUCCAGAAAUCCACAAAACGCAUCAGUGAACUGAUUCAGUAUAUUUGAACAUAGCACAGCAGCUUGCCACAGUAAAGAAUAUACGAGUAUACACUGUAUUAUUGAAAUAUCGCUCAAGCAUGGGUCUGCUGUUGAUAGAGAGGCUACUGUGCGGUGUAUGAUUGUAUAGAUAUAAGAAUGUGACAUAAACUGUAUUUCACAGCCUGUGACACACACACACAGACACACACUUGCGCGUGCGCCUGCAGAAUAAUAUGUGUACGAGCCACAGAUUGUGAAGGAAAAUACAAAAGAAAGAGCCGGGACACAAUAGUAGAUGCAAGUCAAAGGGAUUAAGUCAUAGAUUAUGCAUGGACCUGUUUUUGUGUUUAGAGAGUUGUGCUCGUCUUGUAGAGAGCAGCAGUAUAACCUGACUGAGUGCACAGCUGCAGGGAGACCAGUAUGUGAUAUGAUAUUCUGUAGGUUGGUCAGUGAAUAGGAUUUC